AUGGCCGACUACACCCUCUACGCGUACUUUCGCUCAUCCUGCUCGGCCCGGCUGCGCAUCAUCCUCCACCUCAAGGGCAUCCCGUACGACCACGUGGCCGUCAACCUCCUCCAGGACGAGCAGCUCUCGCCCGAGCACACGGCCCUGAACCCGUCGGCGUCGGUGCCGCUGCUGGCCUGCCGCGCCCCCCCGCACGCGGGCUUCGCCAUCGGCCAGUCGCUCGCCGCGCUCGAGUACCUCGAGGAGAUGCACCCCGAGGCGCCGUGCCUGCCGCCGCCGGGCGACGCCCGCGGCCGCGCCACCGUCCGCGUCCUGUGCGCCAUCAUCGCCGCCGACACGCAGCCCGUCACCAACCUGCGCAUCAUGCGGCGGGUGCGGGCGCUCGGGGGCAGCGCCGAGGACUGGAACCGCGAGCUGAUGGCCGACGGGCUGCGGGCGUACGAGGCCGUGGCGAGCGGCUCGGCCGGCCGGUACUCGGUGGGCGACGCGCUCACCAUGGCCGACGCCUGCCUGGUGCCCGCGGUCUGGAACGCGCGGCGCUUCGGCGUCGACCUCUCGCGCUUUCCCACCGUCUGCCGCGUCGUGGGCAAUCUGAGCGAGCACCCGGCCGUGCAAAAGGCCGACUAUUUCAAGCAGCCCGACUGUCCGGCGGACCUUUUGCAACCACGGGACAACCUGGCCUCAUAG